AAUUCGUAAGGAAAAAAAUGCCCCAUUCAAUAACCCAAAGAAUCGAUGACAACAAUGUGGAUGAAUUUUUGGGAGGCUGGAUGGAUAACCGCGUCCGUGCGCUGGUUUUUGAACCUAGAAACCGGACAAGAUUGCGAUAUUUACUAAGUGCGUACGCUUUUCACCAUAGAGUUGCAUUCGGAUUAGUUCACUUAAAUAGCAGUACAAGUUUACAAAUUCAAAUUCGAUAUGAAGUUAGCACAAUCCUGGAUACUCUUCUCGUAUUUAAUGAGGACUUCCACAGGCCUUUAGCCACGAUUUCCCUGCCUGAGAUUCCCGUUAAAACUUUAAAUCAAAUCAUAUCAUCAAAUCAAUAUCUAAUGCUACCAAGACUCUCAUCGCAACAAGUUAUGGAAGGGGUAUGUCCAGCGGAAUGGAGCCGUCCUCGAAAACGUUUAUGUGUUAUUCUUAUUACCGAAAACAAUGACUCAUACAAUCACGCUCGUAUUAAUUUCCGAAAUAUUGCUCUUCAGACUGAAUACAGUAAAGAGAGAGUUAGAUUCGCUUAUAUGUUCAAGAAUAAACAAAUUGAUUUCAUUAACGCGAUCUCCAAAGGAGCUGAAACAAAUCAAGUCUAUCAAAUUGUAAUUAUUUGGCGGUGCGAUCAAACUCAUUUAAAAUAUGAAUGGAUAAAGGUAGCCCAGCUUAACAUGGAAUCGAACCUAUAUGAUUCAAAUGAAUAUGUUAUAAACGUCACAAAACGGCACCUCGACAAAACAAUACAAAGGCUCUUAAAAGCAGGUGAGGCCUUCAGAUUCGAAGCUUUUGUUGAGAACCUUUUUGAUGAGCAUUCACAAACUUUCAUCAAUAAAUGGCUAGCUAAAUUCGGAUAUUUAUGCGAAUAUUUGAUUGACCACCUGGAAAAAGAACAUAUCCUCGCCAUGUUAUCUCUCAUUGGAACAGUCGUGUUCAUGUUUGCUGUUGGAUAUAUUAUGGUAUAUUUUGUUCGAGCCGAAGAAGAAAGCUUGAAAGAAAGGGGACAGCUGAAAGGACAUCCCAAUUUUUUAAUGAAACAAACUCGCAGUACUCCAGAACUUAAAUUACAUGAACUUAGAGCUGAGAAAUAUAAUGGAAUGGUUCGACUGUUAAAGCCGGGCUGCCGAACUAUUAUUUUAGUCACCGAUAUUAAAACACGACCAAAAUUAAUUCCCUCAUUUCAUAAAGCUGUAUGGCCAUACAGGAAAUCCAAAACUUUAUUAUUUGGUCAUAUGCUUAUAGAAAAGGGGUUGCUAUGGUAUGCUGAGCUACUAAGGUUAUCCUUGUGCGAAUCAAAACCCCUAAAUAUAAAUCCCCGAAAUUGUGUGGGCACGGUGAUUGCUCUUAAUGGCCACCGCAAAUAUUUCUGCAUGUAUCACGCUAAACAUCCGGAAUCAGUUCGCGAUGAAAAGCUCGAGUAA